AUGGCUGAUCAACCACCAGCAAUGCAACAUGAGGACUCCAUCAGUUCGCAGGAUCCCAAUUUACAUGGGGACAAAGGAAAGACGAAGAGUAGAAGGCCAGCAAAUACGGCGUUCAGACAACAAAGAUUGAAGGCAUGGCAACCGAUUCUCACGCCAAAAACCGUACUUCCAUUAUUUUUUGCCAUCGGAAUCAUAUUCGCGCCAAUUGGUGGAGGAUUAUUAUAUGCCAGUAGUGUGGUCCAAGAGAUUGUACUCGAUUAUUCGAAAUGUCACACAGAUGCGCCAAUUUGCCUGGACUCUAACGAUAGCGGGGACCUUAUGCCUUCUGAUAAUGUCAAAAUGUCUUUCAAAAAACCAUAUACGUAUGAAGGAACGGCUCCAGAAUGGUGUAGAAAGGAUAUCAACCAAACAUACUACAACGGCACUGUCGCGCAUGCCAGUGUUCCAGCUGUACAAUGUCGACUCACAUUUCCAGUACACACCGCAAUGGAACCUCCUGUUCUGUUCUACUAUAAGCUCACCAAUUUCUAUCAAAAUCAUCGACGGUAUGCUAAGUCCUUCGACUCUGACCAACUUUCUGGGAAAGCCGUUACAGCAAGCACUAUCCAUUCCGGCGAUUGUACUCCUCUUACGACAGUAAAUGACAACGGUGUCGACAAACCAUACUAUCCCUGUGGCCUAGCUCCAAACUCGUUCUUCAAUGAUACAUUCGCAAGUCCAUUUCUACAGAAUGUCGCGGACGCAAACAGCUCUAAUAGCGCAGGUACCACAUAUCCCAUGAAGAAUAACUCGGAUGUGUCUUGGAGUAGUGAUAAAGAACUGUACGGCCCAUCAAAAUAUAGUUGGACGGAUGUCAUUGUUCCUCCAAAUUGGGUGGAACGAUAUCCAAACAAUUAUAGCGAUGAUUACCACCCUGAUCUUGUGAAUGAUGAAGCAUUCCAAGUGUGGAUGAGAUUGGCAGGUUUGCCAACAUUCAGUAAAUUGGUGCAAAGAAAUGACGAUGAUACCAUGGCCUCUGGACAAUAUCAAGUUGACAUCACACACCUUUUCAACGUUACCGAAUACGGCGGAACUAAAUCUAUCGUUAUCUCCACUCGUACCGUUAUGGGCGGCAAGAAUCCAUUCCUAGGUAUCGCCUACAUUGUCGUGGGAGGUCUCUGUAUCCUGCUCGGCACACUCUUCACCAUCACACAUCUAAUCAAGCCAAGAAAACUCGGUGAUCACACAUAUUUGAGUUGGAAUAAUGAUAACCCCUCAACGGCGACAACGAGUGGACGCGAAAUGGGUGGGAAUAUGGGCUAG